GCAGAGGUGUACUUAUGAUCAUUUUUAUUUUUAUAUAAAUUAUACUAUUUACAGAGGUGCCGAAGAGUUGGAGGGAGCUAAAUGUUUACUUCUUCUUGGGGAUGAAGCACUGACAUAAGUGGUUGUCUUUUGUAACUCCAAUGCCACUGACCACAUUAGACCAACUGUGACAUCAAUGGAGUCAACACAUCAACACACGAGGCCCAAUAACACAAACACACCCUGCUAGAAACACUCCUCGGCCACCCGCAAUCCACAUUUUGGGGGGCUGGUGCCCAAGCCAAGGGCACACGUCACAAAACAUGUAGUUAUUGUUGUCAGCGAUGUAAUAACUGUAAUGUGUUUAGACAAAACUAUGUUCUCCAUGUGCAGAGCUCCACUGCAUGCCACUUGUCAGUAGCCUAGUGGUUAGUCAGGUGAGGGUUCAAGUCCGGCCUAAGACUUUUCAUUUGAUAUGGUCAACAUCAUGGAAAUAACCUCAACUUAACCAAGCAGGGGAAAACUUGCAAUUCUUUACAAUAAGAGACUUAGUCACUAGCCAAAUAAUAAUUUAUAAUGCAAACAAUAUUUUUAUGAUACUAAAUUUAAGAAACAUUUAAGGGAAGAAUCCGCAUUAAAAAGCCACUUAACGUUGGCUCCGAUCACCACCGCAACACUGACGGGACGGGCGCGGCGGUUUACAAUAAAUUAUAGAUAGUCGAUGCAACGCGAGGCGCGCGCGCGCACGCGCGCCCACCCAAGGCAGUAGGAGGAGUGUCGGCGCAGCUCCCCUCCAUCAGCAGUGAGAGCGAGCGAGCCGAGACCAGCCGAGCCAAGCCAGGAUGCCCGGAGCCGUGACGCCGACGAUGUGGACGUGCAGGUGUCUGUGCGGAGAUGCCGUCUUCCAACAUGUCGGUGCUCGGUACGAGUCCACGGUGUCCUGUUGAAGGUGGACCGAACCUGUCGGUAGGGGGAAGCGAGACACGAUAACAGAGAGAAGCAGCUGUGUCAGCCCCAACUUCAGCAAUGAGCCUGAAGAAUCAGGGAGAGACUUCUGGGGACGAGAAGCACAAGGCUGUCCCUGGGCCUCAGAGGAGUCGGCAGCAAAAUGGCACGAGCCCAGGCGAGCCUCCUGCGCGUCGGUCGUGGAGGCCGUGUCAGCUACAUAAUCAGGAUGGAGAACCAAACCCACAUCAUCAUCACCAUCCGAACCAUCAUCGGGCUUCAGGCAGCGCUCCUUCCAGGCAUAGACGCCGGCCACAUCCGGGACACAGGCGGGAUCACAUUCAGACUCAGGAGGCGUCUUCUACGAAUGAAAGAGCCGCCAGAGAGGCCGUGCCUGUCCAACAUCCACGUCCUGCUGUCUCACGUUACCGACGUCAUGGAGAUCUGAAUAACAGGCCCAGAAGUCACCGUCAGAAUUCGGCCAUCAAGGAGAAACAUGAAUCAUCACCCGAUGUCGACAAGCGAGAGAGUCCCGAGAUGUCGCCAAAAGCCAGCGAUGACUCCCUUGAAGAGCAUUUAGAAGAAGUAGCUCCCUCACAUCAGACCCCUGUCGCUGUUGUCUCCCCUACCCACCUGUCGACAUACACUCCGCCGGAGGAGGAGGAGGAGUGUGAUGUGAAGUGUGAAGAUGAGCCAGAAGAAGCUAAAGAGACGGAAGAUGACGUGGGUGACGGGGAGCAGCCUGACAGUAAGACGGUACCAGAAAAAGCAACUGUAACGGUGGAAACGUUGUCAGUUGGUGAGAGAGAAGAGGCGCAGGAUGUGGCUUCUCAGGAAAGUGAAAUCACUGACCUUUGCUCGGAUACGGAAAGUGCCGGCUCUCUGAGUAUGGAUGGACCUCUUCACAGUCCGCCUCCUCUCCAAUCGCCCACUCCCCCAUCCUCCCCAGACUCGCAGCAGUUCCCUCAGUAUGACCAUUUCAGCGAGGAGACAAGUAUGAGCCCCCUCCCUGACAGUGACCUGCCGCUGGAUGACGAAGAGGAGUCCUGUGAGUCGCUGCCACCACCGUCUCUGCCCUCUGAGUAUUACCCUAAAACCUAUGCAGAGUUCUACACCGAGUCUCACCAGAAGUCUUACCUGGGGGCCCAUCCUGCUCCAAAAGUGCAUCCUAAUUGUUUUCCCGAGCCUCUAAGAACUGCUUACCCAGAGGCCCAGAGGGAACUUUGCACGCAAUCCGCUCAGAAGCCUGAACCGGAGGAGGAAGAGCCGUGUGUGAGACAGGAGAGUGUACCGCUGGCGCCCCCUGUCAAGAGCUCCCAUUUCGCUCCUCGUUCGCUUCACUCCCCCAUGAGCCGCACUGUGGGCUGUCGGCUGCACCACUACGAUGCUCAGUCUGAUGGGGAGAGCAAUGAUCAAAGCCCCAUUCAUAAAACCCGUGCACAAAGUAAAACCUCAGGUGUGCACUACAAGAGUCCAGUCAAUCAUGAACGGGAUGAGACGGAUCGUGCAGGUGAAGGGGAGACAAAGGCUUCAGGUGACUCAAUAAGUCUGGUGAUCAGAGACAUCCGCGAGGCCAUAGAGGAAGUCAAGACGAAGGCAGUGCGCUCCCCUUACACGCCUGACCAUGCAGUGGAACCAAUAUGGGUGAUGCGGCAGGAGGACAGUCCCACAGAUGAAGAAGACCCCUCACAGCCCAGUGAGGAUAAUGCUACAUCCCUGUUAAGGCCCGAGUUAAUGUCCCGCUGUGCCGCAUCACCGAGGCAGCCCUCUUCAAAAGCAGAGCCCUCCAGAGCCCCUCGAACCCACCACAAGCAGAGCCACCAUCAGCAGCAUGGACACUCAUCACAGCAGAGAGACUCAGCCAGGCAGCUUCCAACCCAAACAAACAACCCACAAAGACAGAACAGCAAGCAGCCGGCGCCUCAGCAGCAGCUUCAGCCGCAGUCGCCGGCUCAGCAGAUGACUGUCCAGGAGCUGCGCAGGUCUCUCCCACCGUUUCCCACGUUUGUCGACGUCCCAGGACCAUGUGACCCUGACGACUUGAUCGACGGCAUCAUCUUCGCAGCCUCGUAUUUGGGCUGCACUCACCUGCUGUCAGAGAGGACGCCGACCAAGAGUGCGCGCAUGCAGCAGGCCCAGGAAGCCAUGAGCAGAGUCAGAAGGACAAUUCUUUCUGGACAAGCGUGCCGCUGGGCUGCUCAGAAGCAGGCGAAAAACAAGAAAAAGAGAGGCGAGGGCGAGGGGGCGUCCACAGCUGAGGUGGAUCUCUUCAUGUCCACGCAAAGAAUCAAGGUGCUGAAUGCCGACACUCAGGAGUCUUUAAUGGACCUUCCCCUGCGGACCAUCUCCUACAUAGCUGACAUCGGUAACAUGGUGGUUCUGAUGGCCCGGGGCAAGAUGGUGCGUUCCCGCAGUGGCCAGGAGAACCUGGAUGAGACGGCCGAGGACGGCAGCCAGGACGACAGACGCCUCUACAGGAUGAUCUGUCACGUCUUCGAGUCCGAGGACGCUCAGCUCAUCGCUCAGUCCAUCGGUCAGUCCUUCAGCGUGGCCUACCAGGAGUUCCUCCGCGCCAACGGCAUCGACCCCCAGGACCUGAGCCAGCGAGAGUACAGCGACCUGCUCAACACUCAGGACAUGUACAACGAUGACCUCAUCCACUUCUCCAAGUCGGAGAACUGCAGGGAUGUUUACAUCGAGAAGCAGAAAGGUGAAAUCCUGGGAGUGGUCAUCGUGGAGUCGGGCUGGGGCUCCAUCCUGCCCACCGUCAUCAUCGCCAGCCUGCUGCACGCCGGUCCGGCUGAGAAGUCCGGGCGGCUCAACAUCGGAGACCAGAUCAUGACAAUCAACGGCACCAGCCUGGUGGGCUUACCGCUCACCACCUGCCAGAGCAUCAUCAAGGGUCUCAAAUCUCAGUCCAGGAUCAAGAUGAAUAUUGUCCGGUGCCCGCCGGUCACCAUGGUGCUGAUCCGCAGGCCGGAUCUGCGAUACCAGUUGGGCUUCAGCGUACAGAACGGCAUUAUCUGCAGUCUAAUGAGGGGCGGCAUUGCUGAGCGCGGCGGCGUCCGAGUCGGCCAUCGCAUCAUUGAAAUCAACGGGCAGAGCGUGGUGGCGACGGCGCACGAGAAGAUCGUCCAGAUCCUGUCCAACGCCAUGGGAGAGAUCCACAUGAAGACGAUGCCAGCCGCCAUGUAUCGUCUGCUGACGGCACAAGAGCAGCCCGUCUACAUCUGAGACCCAUUGUUCCAGCUACUCCUGCUGCUGCCCUCUGUGGCCUUAAACUUUAAAGUCCACUUCUCUACGUGCAGCAGAGCUGGUGUUCUUUCGGACCAAAGACCAGCUGAGGGUUUGUCUGGCACCACUGGGUGACACACUGUUAUAGAUAAAUAGCUGAAACAUCUGAAUGUAACAUUCAACAUUUGGACCUAGAAGUUGCCAAGGCAACACACAAAAGAAUAAGCUGCAUGAAUGAUCCUGAAUAAAUUGAAGGUUAAGUUUCGGAGUUUUUUUUUCCCCUUUUUUUUCAGGCUGUUGGUUAAAAAGAAGUGAAAAAUAAACUUGCAUUCCAGUGAGAUGUUUGAGGAUCAGAGUAUCAGCUUUAAGGGAGAGAUUAGGAGAUUUCAUUUCCUGCAGUCAUCCAGCUCUUUGUUUCGAGAUGAUUCGGCAGCAGUGGAUGCGUUUGAGACGUGGCAGGACUGAAGAAGAGGCUCUACACAGGUUCAAAGAUAAAGGUGUUUGUUCAUUUCCUGUGUGUGGGGAGUGAAAACAAGAAGUCUCAUUAGAGAGACACUCAUUGCUGUCGCCAUUUUGUACGGAGCACUUCGGAACAUGACUUCAGAAUUGAUGUCGCUUUCACCAGAAAGCACAACCAAAUUUACCAAAGCAAAUGCCGACUUACUAACAAGGACUCACACUUCAGCUGACGCAUCCUUUUACCCUGGUGACUUAGUUUUUUUUAGCAUGACAGAAAUAGUCUUCAAAAGAAAAGCGCUGAAUUUGUCUCAGAUUAAACACGACACAACCUUUUAUGAUUUAAAGGAAAGUUUCACUGAUCAGCACAAAGCCACUUUUAACUUUCUCAGAAGACCGGUUUCUCAUGUAAUUCGUCAGGGACCACAUUUAAAAGAGAAAACCUUGCAAAACGGAUUUAUUGGAAUUCCAGAGAGGGUUCUCAGGAGAUAAAAAAAAAAAAAAGAGGAGAAUCACAAACAGUUUCAAAAAUCACUCCGAUUGCCGGCUGAGAUCCAAGUGAGCGUUUCAUAUAAAAACAGACUGAUUGUCACAAAGUGGUUGGAGACAUUUGAAGACUGGAUAUAAAAGUCAUCACAUUUUGAAUAUUCCUCACAGUGCAGUUUAUAAAAAAUGUCAUUGUUGCAAAGGACGUGCUUUUGCAACAAAUCUCGAAUAAUAGUAACAAAAAUCAGGACAAUAUUUAAAAUUUUUACUGAAAAGCAAAACAAGAAACAAAAAAAAAAAAAAAAUCACAU